AGAAUUACUAGAGAUUUGGUAACCAAAAGAAAGAGACAUCCCUGAAAUUCUAGGAGUCUAUACAAAAUUUGUUCGUUUUGUUGUUUUAAUCGAAAUUUACGAGUAUUUACAUUUUAGAAAAAACCAAUAGAACAUAUGGUAUUGAAGAUGUGCUUCGAGCCACGGCACAGGUUCAGAACAAUCACGAAUAAAGUGUACAAGUGGGUAAAUCGAACAUUUCAGACCACUGUACAGUAUCACGAGCCACCGGAUAAAUCCGACGGCGACAAGAAACUCUACCGGGCCUUAAGUCUAUCGAAUGGAUUGCGCGCCAUGCUGAUAUCAGAUCCUACGAAUAAUAUGGAACACACACAGGAUGUGCGCCAUCAUCUACCGGCAGUGGGGGACAGUGGUAGUGAGAGGUCCAAUCCGUCGAUGGAGCACUUCAAUGGAAAACUAGCUGCCUGUGCGGUGCUUGUGAGCGUGGGAUCGUUUAGCGAGCCGCGCCAAUAUCAGGGAAUGGCACAUUUUCUGGAGCAUAUGAUAUUCAUGGGCUCCGAGAAGUAUCCCAUUGAAAACGAAUUUGAUGCAUUUAUAACAAAAAACGGAGGCUUCACCAACGCGCACACAGAGAACGAGGAGACGUGCUUUUACUUUGAGGUGGAAGAGGCCCAUCUGGAUAAGGGUAUGGAUAUAUUUAUGAACCUGAUAAGAGCACCGCUCCUGCUGCACGAUGCCAUGGCCCGGGAACGUUCUGCAGUCCAAUCGGAGUUCGAGCAGGUGUAUUUGCGGGACGAGGUGCGCCGUGACCAGAUAUUGGCGAGCUUGGCCAGCGAUGAUUAUCCCCAUGGCACUUUCAGCUGGGGAAAUCUGGCAUCUCUUCAAGACCAGGUAGAUGACAAACUGCUGCAAGAGGCGCUUCAUGAGUUUCGACGAAAGCAUUACGGAUCCAAUCGUAUGAUUGUCUGCAUUCAGUCGCAGCAAUCGUUGGACGAACUGGAGGAACUACUAGUCCGUCACUGUGCAGAUAUACCCAAUAGCCAGGAGAAUGCCUCAGACAUGAACAGUUUGAGCUAUCAGAAAGCCUUUAAUGAAACAUUAUUUAGCGAUGUCAUUCUUGUGCAGCCCAUGGAGGACGUGUGCAAACUGGAGUUGACGUGGGUUCUGCCACCGAUGCGGCAUCAGUAUCGAUGCAAGCCGGAUGCCUUUCUCUCGCAACUGAUCGGCUACGAGGGCGUGGGCAGCCUAUGCGCCUACUUGCGUCGCCGUCUCUGGUGCAUGAGCGUUAUGGCGGGCACUGGAGGAAGCAGCUUUGAAUCGAACUCCAUUUACUCUCUGUUCAACAUCUGCAUCUACCUUACAGACGAUGGGUUCGAGCACAUAGACGAGGUAUUGGAGGCGACGUUUGCAUGGAUUAAGCUGCUGAAUGAGAGCGCCCAUCAUCGAGAGGAUUCGUACAAGGAGUUUCAGCAGAUUGCAGCCAAUAAUUUUCGAUUCGAGAUCGAGCUACCUUCGAUGGACAACGUACAGCGUGUGGUGGAGGGCAUUAGGUAUCUGCCACCAAAAGAUGUCCUCACGGGACCAAAUCUGUAUUUCGAAUUUGAUCCGGCUGCCAUGCUGCUCCUUAAAAAGAACCUAAGUCAGUUUCAUUUCAAUAUAAUGAUCUCCUCGCACAUACCAUUCAUGGAUCAUAAAUACGAUCAGAGGGAGAAAUGGUUUGGCACGCAGUACACGACGAUUCCUAUGCCCUCCAAAUGGAAGGCCAUGUGGUAUGAUCCGGCACCAAUGAAUGAACUGACCUUUCCACAAUCGAAUCCCUUUAUAACCACGGACUUCACAUUGCACUGGCAGGAGGCUGGUAGGCCACACAUACCGCGUCAUCCCAGGGCCCUCAUAAGGGACGAUAAUUGCGAGUUGUGGUUCCGACAAGACGAUAUCUUCCAACUGCCCGAUGGCUUUAUAAAUAUAUACUUCAUCACUCCUUUGAUUCGGGAAAGUGCACAGAAUUAUAUGGUGGGCGUCCUCUUUACCUACCUGGUGGAAUUCAGCAUCGCCGAGCAAUUGUAUCCAGCUUUAGAGGCUGGUCUAUCCUAUGGCCUCUAUAUCGGUGACAAGGGUCUGGUCCUGCGUGUUAGUGGUUACAGCCAGAAACUGCCUCUUUUGCUGGAAAUAAUCAUGAAGGUGAUGUCCACUCUGGAGUUGGAUCCAGCUCAAGUGAUUUCCUUUAAAGACCUCAAGAAACGUCAAAUUUUCAGUGCUCUCUUUUCUGGAAAGAUUUUGAACCUCGACUUGCGUUUAAUGGUUUUGGAGAACAAACGAUUUAGUAUGCUGGAGAAAUACGAAUCAAUCGAUCACAUAACCGUGGAUGACAUCCAGCACUUCAAGGAGAAUUUCCACAAGAAAAUGUACGUCCAAGGACUCAUACAAGGAAACUUUACCGAUGAACAAGCGCGUGCAGCAAUGCAACAAGUCCUUUCCACUUACGAAAGCCAAAAGUUAGAUAAUCCAUCCUCGCUGGACGACAGCCUAGUGCAGAUACCACUCGGAUCGCAUUACUUGCGGGCGAAAGCCCUAAACCACAGGGACACGAACACGAUUGUAACAAACUACUAUCAAAUUGGACCAAGUGAUCUCAAGUUGGAGUGCAUGAUGGAUCUGGUGGAGCUGAUUGUGGAAGAGCCCUUCUUCAACCAGCUGCGCACCCAAGAACAGCUGGGCUACAGCCUGAGCCUCAAUCAGCGCAUCGGCUACGGCGUACUGGCCUGUGUCAUCACAGUCAACACUCAGGAGACCAAGCACUCGGCCGACCACGUGGACCGACGCAUCGAGGCGUUCAGGUCUCGCGUACCGGAACUUGUGGCUCAGCUCAGCGAAACGGAGUUCGAUGAUGUGCGCGAGACCCUCAUCAGUGGCAAGAGGCUGGGCGAACCCAGCCUGGACGAGGAGGUAAUGCGGAACUGGAGUGAGAUCGUAACGUCUGAAUACUUCUUUGAUCGCAAGGAAAAGCAAAUAAAAACGCUUAAUGGUCUCACAAAGCGGGACGUCUUGGACUUAUUAUUGGACUUCGAAAGCAAUAACUUUCGCAAGCUUUCGGUUCAAGUGAUUGGUCGAAACAGGCCACCAUCUCGGCCCUUAACGCUGCCUAUCUCGGAAGCUGUGGCUGGUAGGCAGGUUUCUGUACCAGGAAAUGUUCAAAGCGGCUCGUUGGCAAGUUUAUUGGAAGAAGUUCAGCGCAACAUUUCCGAUGAACAGCUCUUGUACGAGCAGACAGGCAGCAAUAUUACGAUAGAGCUCAUCGGAAAUGGUGAUGAUGCCACACACAUCGUGGACAUUCCGGCCUUCAAAAAGAAUCUACAUGUUUACCCACCGUUCAUCACGAAUCCGAAGUCUAAUAGAAAGUCAUAGAAAACACAGCAUACUAGAUACUGAUUUGUUAACCACAAAACCAAAAUCCACAUGUAAUAAAAGGAUGCUCUCUGUCUUUUGGUAUCGUAUCGCUGUUCGAAAAAGAAUCCAUCGAUAUCAUUAUCAUUUUCUUUUGCUUGGGAAUUCCAUUCUCCUGAUCAGUCGACUUCUUAGUGGGGGGAACAAUUCCUAGUAUUUCCAAAACCUUAGCAGGACUCAAUGUGCCCGAUGGCAUCUCCUUCUUUCUGGUCUUCCGGAGUUUGGCACCCACCUUCUUUUGGAGGUAUUCGGUCCUCAUGCCUGCAUAGACAACUGCUUUGAUCAGGUGGUUGCGCCACUCGCAGACUUUCCAAUUCCAUCCCUAUCUCCUCCGCUGACUCUUGGGCACCUUGUGCGUCCUGUGGUCGAGCAUUGGUUUCCUUCCGCCUACCAAUGGUGUCCGUUUUAGCAAAGUUUUCUUUAUAGGAUUGCCGCAAAAGCUUCACUGCGAGCUCUACUCGCUUCACUCUUCUCGCUACUCGCUGUUUUCCCAAGCGACCU